CACUACUACAAUUCUACAACAAUGGCUAAUCUAGUCCCAUCCAAAUGGUUCGCUAACAAGUCCUUGAAGCUAAGCCUCCCUCGCCGUAGUGGCAAACCAUCCGACGUGCCGAGCCCAUCUGUGUCCUCACCCACGGUGCAGGAUAACGGUCGGGCCCACAAGUUCCAUGAAGCUUUCCGAUACUUUGACAGGGACGGCGAUGGGAAGAUCUCUAGUGAGGAGCUGAUAGCGCUCUUCGCAUCGUUGGGUGACCACAUCUCAAGUGAUGAGGCCAUUGGAAUAAUCAGUGAACAUGAUACGGAUGGAGACAAUUUGAUGGACUUGCAGGACUUCAUGCGGCUAAUGGAGAGGGACCAUGGGGAAGAUGAACUAAAGAAGGCGUUUGAGAUGUUCGAGGUCGAUAAGGGAUCUGGUUGCAUCACGCCCAAAGGGCUGCAACCGAUGUUUAACCGCCUGGGCGACAACAGGUCAGAUGAGGAGUGUAAGGCUAUGAUUCGGGUUUUUGAUCUCGACGGCAAUGGCGUGGUUGAUUUCCAUGAGUUUCACAGGAUGAUGACUUGAUGUGUGCAUGCUACGUAGAUGAAUGCCCCCAUGACCUUAAUAAGUCCAAUUUACUAAGGUGGGCCCACUUGAAUUUGGGUCCAUUUCCUAAGGUGGCCCUACUUGAGGUCACUAUAUAUGCUCAAAAGCAAGGACUGUCUUUGUUUUAGUCUUCUUUUAUUUGUAUGGAGAAUUUCUCAGAACAUGUUGAAUAGAAUUCUCCUCUCUCUGUUUUUGUUUUUGGUAAUUAAAAGU